CACUUUAAAUGUUACGCAGUGUGGUUAUCUUGCCGUAGAUACACGUCGCUAUGGCAAGCCGAAAAACUUCGCACCCAAACCGGGAUAGUGAGGACAAAUACUCAAUAUUAUUACCGACCUACAACGAAAGGGAAAACCUACCCUUGAUAGUGUGGCUUCUGGUGAAAUAUUUCGGUGAAAGCGGCUAUAAGUACGAGAUAAUUGUCAUUGACGACGGAAGCCCGGAUGGGACACUGGAGGUGGCAGAGCAGUUGCAGAAAAUCUAUGGAGAGGAUAAAAUACUUCUACGGCCAAGAGCGAAGAAACUAGGCCUCGGCACUGCGUACAUACAUGGCAUGAAGCAUGCUACUGGGAACUUCAUCUUUAUCAUGGACGCAGAUCUUUCCCAUCAUCCGAAAUUCAUCCCAGAAUUUAUUGAAAAGCAGAAGGAAGGUAACUACGACCUGGUGUCUGGUACUCGUUACCAGGGGAGUGGGGGCGUAUACGGCUGGGACCUUCGCAGGAAACUCAUCAGUCGGGGAGCUAACUUUUUGUCUCAAGUGUUGUUGAGACCCGGUGCUUCAGACCUCACGGGCAGCUUCAGGCUGUAUAAGAGGGCGGUGUUGGACAGUCUGGUUGAGCGGUGCGUGUCCAAAGGUUACGUCUUUCAAAUGGAGAUGAUCGUCCGCGCCAGACAGCUCAACUACACAGUCGGAGAAGUGAGGCCCGAAUUCAUUCAUUCAUUCGUGUUUUUAUGUAUUUACCUAGUACACAUUAAGGUAUGUAGCGAUGAUAUUUCUUUAGAUUCUCCGUUUUUCAUCGGAUGUGAAAAAGCAUUAGAAAUCAGUUUUUAAACCCACUUUCAGGUUUGUGAAACAAAAAAGGUUAAUUUCACUGCUGUUUCUGCAUCCAGACGACAUUGGUCUUUGUCUAUCUUUAAAAGCACUACACUCAGACAUGUGAAUUCAUUAUGACAAUAAUGAAUGGACUCGAGAGACUACAAUACAUUUCCAUGACUUAGAGGCAGAUUUUUAUGUCCAGACACUAUGGCUGUUGGGUAAUAUGACCUGAAAAAGCUGUCUUGUGUCAUCACAUGACUUGUAGGCAGGGUUUAACAUUAAUUUCAUGGCUCACCAGCCACGAUUUUGUUGUUGGGAUUUGGGGAAACUAUGUUUUACCCAGACACCUUUGCUCAGCAUUGUAAAUGACCAUAAAGCAAGCUAAGAAAAAAACCAAAAAAAAACCCCCAAAAACCUGACUUGAAUGAACCUAACAUAUCAGGUGGGGCUAAGUGGUUCCAUCACGCCAUCCUAGAAAAGUUAUGUUCAUUGGAACGGUCGGUAUCUGAGCAACUAUUUUUACUAAGGUUAGUCAGACUAACUGAAAUAUACCUGAUGCUUAAGUCGCUUCAUGGAAUGGCCCCAGGUCUUUUUUAAAGCCAUGUCUUAUGAAUCACUAUUCCAAGUGAAGACCUGACGUCGCCCCACUCACAGAACAACACAUACUUUAUGAUACAUCUGUGAAGCAAGGGUCCAUGACUUUUCCAAAACAUAAAGAACUGACCUAAUGAUGGUGGGGCUUAAACUGUGAUGGGCUUUCAAUAUGAUUUUUAAAUAUGUUUUCAUAACAAUAAGCGAUGUAAAAACAGAGAAUCUGCCCAGAAAUAUCAUUAAGUUUUAGCUUCGCUUAACCCCUCAAGAUCUAAAUCGGAAGCCAGAGUUGUGAUUUUUACGAUGCACAUUGAAGAAAACAAAACAAUCCUCUC